GAGGAGGAGGGCAACGAAGCAGGAAGGAAAGCAAGCGGAGAGGGAAGGGAGGGAGGCUGUGAAUGCUAACAAGCUCCGUUGUAACCAUAUAGCUCCGUUGUUAAGGUUUGACAAAACAUCUUGCAAUGGAGAGAAACGCCGACUACUAUUGAAGACCUACUAUGCGCCAGUGCCACCUUCAGCCAGUGCGCGUGCAGCAGCCAAACCGUGGUCGGCACGUUUGAUCAGUAAAAACCGUCUUUUUUUCCGCUGAGUGAAAUGUAUCGCGACUGUUCGGGAUUCACAUUCUGACAAUGGAGAUUGAAAAUAUCGUGGCCAACACGGUUCUCCUGAAGGCGAGGGAAGGUGGAGGAGGAAAGCGGAACGGCCGUAGCAAGAAAUGGAAGGAGAUGCUGAAACUCCCGCACAUCAGCCAGUGUGAGGAGCUUUGCCGCACUAUUGAGAGGGACUAUACCAGUCUAUGUGAGAAGCAGCCCAUUGGUCGGCUGUUAUUCCGUCAGUACUGUGACACACGGCCAGAGCUGAAGCGCUGCAUCGAGUUUAUGGAUGCUGUGGCCAUGUACCAGCUAGCUCCUGAUGAGAAGAGGAGGGACUGUGGACUGAAUGUUUUAGAUACUUACUUUAAUAAUGGGUCGGCAGCCCAUCUGCCUGACAUACCCCAGGAUGUCGUCGCUGGGUGCCGGGAGAGGUUGGAGCAGAGUCCUUGUAAGGAGCUUUUUGAUGACUGCACCAAAAUAGUCCGUGAUUAUCUGAGUGGAGCUCCAUUUUCCUCCUACCAGGAGUCCAUGUACUUCUCUCGCUUCCUGCAGUGGAAAUGGUUGGAAAGGCAACCAGUAACGAAAAAUACCUUCAGACAUUAUAGAGUACUAGGAAAAGGUGGAUUUGGUGAGGUUUGUGCCUGCCAAGUACGUGCCACCGGUAAGAUGUACGCCUGUAAAAAGCUGGAAAAGAAACGAGUGAAGAAAAGAAAAGGUGAAGCAAUGGCACUAAACGAAAAACGCAUUUUAGAAAAAGUUAACAGUAGUUUUGUAGUUAGUCUAGCAUAUGCCUAUGAGACCAAGGAUGCGCUGUGCCUGGUUCUGACCAUAAUGAAUGGCGGAGACUUGAAGUUCCACAUCUACAACAUGGGAAACUCUGGCUUUGACGAGCAAAGAGCCAUCUUCUACGCUGCUGAGAUCUGCUGUGGCCUGGAGGACCUACACCGUGAGAGAAUAGUCUAUAGAGAUUUGAAACCUGAAAACAUCCUUCUGGAUGACCGUGGACACAUCCGGAUUUCAGACUUGGGCCUUGCCGUUCAGAUCCCGGAGGGGGACACGAUACGAGGGAGAGUGGGCACCGUUGGAUACAUGGCUCCUGAGGUGAUCCAGAACGAGAGCUACACCUUCAGCCCGGACUGGUGGGGGCUGGGCUGUCUGAUCUUUGAGAUGAUCCAGGGCCAGUCGCCCUUCCGUAAACGCAAGGAGCGGGUCAAGCGUGAGGAAGUGGACAGACGAGUGCGUGAGGAUCAGGAGGAGUACUCUGAUAAAUUCUCUGAGGAGGCGAAAGACAUCUGCAGACAGCUCCUUGCCAAGGACCCCAAGGAGAGGCUGGGUUGUCAAGGUUGUGGGGCCAUAGAGGUCAAGCAGCACCCCAUCUUCAGAAACAUCAACUUCAAACGACUAGAGGCCAACAUGCUGGACCCUCCCUUCACCCCUGAUCCUCGAGCUGUCUACUGUAAAGACGUCCUGGACAUUGAGCAGUUCUCCACUGUUAAAGGCGUGAACCUUGACCCCACAGAUGACGACUUCUAUCACAAGUUUGUUACAGGCAGUGUCUCCAUCCCAUGGCAGAAUGAGAUGAUUGAGAUGGAGUGCUUCAAAGAAAUCAACGUCUAUGAGACGGACGGGAUGCUGUGCCCAGACCUGGAUGUGAACCGGCCGAACCCUCCGCCAAAGAGAGGGUUCUUUUACCGCCUGUUCAGAAGAGAGGCAAGUGCUAGCACUCCGGCAACUGUCCGAGGGGGUGGGGGCUAAGGUGUGUUUUAAGAGCAGUUACAGUGACGAUGACAUCGAAGAGCCCUCACGACUUUAAACCACUCCCUCCACCUGCACCCCCCUCCCGCCGCAGAGCUUCACCACAAACUCCAAUCGAGCGCAAAUCUUAAGAACUCAGUGAAUGUUGACCUGUAUUUAUGAGCUGUAUUAAAAGUGUAUUAUAUUGAAGAAAAAAGUAUGAGUUUAAAGAUUUUGUACAUUUGUACUUGAAUUUAUGUCUAGAUGUAUAUUUUCACUAAAGGUUGUAUUGUACAAAAAGCCAUAAAAGUACCACUUGAAUGCAUACAUUACAUUUUAGUUACUUUUUAUUUUUUUAUUUUGGAAUGAGUAGGGUUGGUGUGUAUCGGAGAGUGUGUUUUUUUUCUCAUUCUUUUUUCAAAGCACAGAACCAGUAGUCUUUUUUUUUCAGUGUAGCCUAAGGCCUUUUUUUUAUAUGUGCUGUAUGUUACUCACUCAUUUAGUAAAUGCAAUGUGUUUUUAGGACAUCAGCUCCACCUGACCCCAAAAUAACUUUUAAAAUCUAUAUGCCUCAAGGCUCAGGUAGAUCUGAAAGAAGUGUGUAGAUCCAAAUGAUAAGGAGGAAUUUAAUCCAACCUGUUAAUACUGUUGUAGAAUGGUUGCUUGGAGCCUUUCCCAUGUUUUUAAAACCUCCUCCAGACCUGUGCAGAAGUCAGAUAAAACAUGCCAUUCUCUAUGCUUAGCUGAGCAUGUUGUGUUCGACAGAAUGGCUGAUUUAGUGAACAAUCUUCUGGCAGAGAUGACAUAAAUUUAGUAAUGACAAUCUUUUGGUGAACAAGUGCAACAAAUAGGCAUCCUUAAAGUACAAAGCAGGCAUUAGGGAGACCAUUUUUCUAUCAGACAAGACCUGAUAAUUAUCGUUACUGAAGCUGUCCAAAAAUUCUUGAGUGGUAAGAAGCUGAGAACAUAAAUUAAGAUGCCCUAAUGCCUGUUACAUUGUUAACUCGAGGGGGGGUAGUGUGAUGCAUGCGCAGAAUGGAAAUCAUUUUCCAUGAAAUUUCAUAGUCUUUUGCUGCUCUCAUUCUUAUUUAUACACCAGGAAUACUUUCUGGUAUACUAAAAAGGACAACAAAUGACUUGCUUUGAAUGCAUUCAUUCGCUACAGUAAGAUUUCUCUGGGAAACGAAUGCCACUUGCUUAAAUCACGUCACCAUAGACUGGUAUAUUGAUAGUAGUAACAGGCCAAGAUAGAAAAAGGGGCUGGAGUAAGAUGUGUCCAACAACUUAAUUUGCUUCCAGUAGAUUAAAGAAAAAAAGUUGAAUCAAAAUGACUUCCACUCACUUGGAUGUCAGCAGCUGUUACCCUCUGCACAGUCUAUAUACAGGCUGCUUUGGCUUGUGUUUGUGUUUGAUCACAAGUAGUGUGGCGCUUGCAAGUAAACUAACAUUUAGAUUGCACAGCUUUAGCUCUGCUUUUGAUAAAGAUGCAACUUAUUAAUGGUUAAAACACCCACAUUUAAUGAUUCUGUUCAAAUACUGCGAUGCUUUCUCAUAGGAAAGGCUUCAGAUAUUUGAGGAUGAACGCUGAGAAAUUAACCCUAAUGUGGCCAGAGACACUUGCUUUAUGUUGCUGUUUGAUUAUAGAAGUGUUUGCUUGCAAGUUAAGCAAUUACGAACAAAUUAAUUCCUUACAUUCAUUUGUAUUUGGCUUUUGCUCUUAAAGCAGUUGCUGUUUACCCACCCUUCCCCACAAACACACCUGUUUUUAAUGCUGUGAAUACCCUAUAUUGACACGUUCGUUUUGUGUGUAUAUUUCACUGUAAGCCAGUCUAGUGCAGUAGAGUAUGUUAGACAUUUUUGCAGUUCAAUAACAUGAAAAAUUAUUUCAAUUUGAUUCUUAAUUUUUCUUCUCUACAGAAAAACAUUGUUUUAAUUUUUUCAGUUCAGAAUGAUUUUGGGUCUUGAACAUAACUUGGUUUAACUUUGUAGAUGGCAUACAUUUGAUAUGGUACCCAUAUAGUCCUUAGUAUAAUAAACCAGUUUGGAAAGGAAAGUUUGUGUCUUGUUGCACAUUCCAUUAUGAGGAAUCGAAUGUGUGCAUCUAGCUGUUGCUGGCUUAUUGUCACUUAGGUUUCUGUGUUUUUUUCCCUUUGCUCUCAGGCACAUUUUGAUGCUGAUUUCACCUACCUAUGUAAAUCUUGUCCUUUUAGCUCUUUAGCCUCAAAAACCUUGUAAAUGAUGUAUUUCUUACAUGUAACUAAGCUCUAACACAUAUUCACUCAUUUCCACAGGGAAACUAUACUGUGUCUACCACCCAUGCCUCUGUCACUGUUUUGAAGAUCUCUUGUACCAUUCAAAUAGCAGUGAAGAAAUUAGAUUAGAUUUUAUUACACAAUGACAAUGUUUUGACAAUGACUAUGGGAAGUGUCUUUUAACUUUUUUGCCAAUGAUACCAAAAGCAAAAAUCACUAAAUUAAUCUUUUGUUAUCUGAAGAAUUAACUGAAGACUGACAGCCUUUAUUAUAUGUGCCAAUUACCAUGUUAAUUCCUGACAUCCUUCCUUUUUUUUCACAUCCUAAACUUUCCGUCCAUUAAGGAAAUUUAAACAGCUCAACUGUUUUGAAUGUCCGCACUAAGUGCAUUGUAAUGCCUGUUAGAAAAAAAUGCAUAUGUUUUAUUAUUCAAGCAUGUAUCAGUCAGUAAUACUUCAGGUUCCUUGUAUAUGUAAAUGACCUUCUAGUGCCAGCAUAUCUCACUGGUAUCUAAAGACAACUUUAUGAAUGGAAAGGUGACCUCCUUAAUUGGCCUGGUGUGGAUAUCGAGCAUUCCUUCUCUUCCACCUUUCCCUCUAGACAAAUUGAAGUAUGUUAGGCCGCCUCCUCAAAAAUGGGAAUGGCUCUCACCUAACAACAUCUUAAAGUGGGAGAGUAUCAGUUGCUUGAUGUCACUUCAGUAUACUUUUGGGUUAUAUGCCAGUAUAAGUGUGAAGGUUCUGCAGAGUUUCAAUUCUGUAAAAACAUGUCAGGUUUUUAAGUGAUAUUUUCAAGGAACUGAGGAAUGCCGAAUGGAUUUCGGGAUUCAAACUGGGCCUGGAACUCCUUAAUUUUUCUUUUAUUUGAAUCUGUACAGUCAUGUCGUUCAACCACUGCAGUCAUUGUUAAUUCUUGUACAAGUUGUAUCACUGGUUGUUGUACCAUAUCUGACAUUUGUAAUUAUGAAAUAAUACACUGCCAUUUGUAUAAAAAAAGAAAAAAAUGUGUCUUGGUUUAUUUCCAUCACACCACCUUUGAUAAAUUGGACAAAUGAGUUAAAAUGGUAAGAUGCUGAUAUGUAUAACUGAUGGGAUAUUGGAUAUUUGUUUAAGAUGUGACUUUAAUAAAGCACAUUGUU